AUGCACAUUCGUUUCAUUGUUUCGUUCCUUGCUCUUUUGAGUAUUGUGGCUCUAUACGUACUGGCUGAUCAGCAAAUACAAAAUACCGAGCCUAAUCUUCAAGCCGAAGUCCACCCAUUGGAUAUGGAUCCUCAAGUCAAAAACUGGAUGAAGGAUGAUGAUGAUGACCAUCAUGGUCAUGCCAAUGAACAACCUAAUGGCGGUAACUAUACUGACUGUGACACUCAUAAUAUGACACAACCUGAUGGUAAUCAAUCUAGUGGCAAUCAUACUCAAGGUGAUAAUCAACACAACCCUCAUCAUAAUGGAAAUCAGACGCAUAAUGAACCGUGUCAACAAGGAGAUAAUAAUAAAAAAACGACAGGAUUAUUACCUUCUGCAAGUCCAUCUGAUGGUUCUUCAGUUAUUCCUAGUGGUAGCGUACCUAUUGGGAAGCCGACAUCACAGCCUAUUUCUAGAUCUAACAAUGGCAAUGAGACUGGUAUUAAUAAGCCUACUGCUGUCUACCCACCAUCUGCUUCAUCCACUAUUACCAUCACUGCUACUCAAGUCAUCACUCAACCAUCAUCCUCUUUAAGUCCAAGAUUACCUUCUGCUUCCUCUUCUUUACAAGGAAGUAGUAGUGGUGAUGCCCAAUUAGGACCUACGAAUGAUGCAACGUCCAAUCAUUCUUAUCGAUACAUGUCCAUGGAAAAGUCCUUUGCUAGUUUACUUCGUCACUCCAAAUUAGCAACUUAUGAUCGUCGACUCAACCAAGUCUAUGCCACACCAAAACAUAGAAAACAACGAGGGGAUUGGGGUUUGAAACGCAACUUACCAUCUGUCAUCCGGACACCUUUUGUAACUAUUGGACAAUUAGAUACUGUAGAACACCAAACACCAUGGGACUCAGGAUAUAGUCAAGUGGCUUUUAUACAACGAUGGAAAGAAAACUUUAUGGGAAUUGCUACAUCUCGUCGUACACGUCCUCGUUAUGAUAUCCUACAACAAUCGAAUAAUAAUAAUAAUAAUAAUGGACAAGAAUACCACAAUCUCGCCUCCAUGUCACGUCAACAAUUCGACCAUUUUCUCAAACAUACCAUUACUCCUGAAACCAUUGAUGCUUUACAACAAGCCUUGAAAACCAAUCAAAUUACACGCGAUCAAGUCUAUGACUAUUUAAACGUUUCAUUCCGCCCUGAACCGUUUUCUGUCGUUGGUCCUUUAUACAGCACUGAUCAUUCUCCAUUAUCCGAUCAAGACACUAUUGUAGAGGGUCGUAUUCUGAAUACUGAAAAAGGUGGUUAUGCUGUUGGUAUUAGUGGCGUGGUUGCCUUCCUUCCCAAACGGUAUGCCAUAGGAAUCAAAAAACCCGGUGAUCGUCUUCUUGUACGCAAAUUCUAUGUACGUCAUGCCUAUAUCGAUGAUCAGGGAAAACCUCAAGUCACUGUGUCAUUACAACCUAGAUCUAAUUUAUUGGGUACUACAUCACCAGCAUCUUCAUCAUCUCUAUCGUCACCAUCAUCAUCGUCUACUUUAUCGUCACCCACAUCUUCUUUACCUUCACCAUCUGCGAUGGCAUCUCAUUACAACAAGCACACCAAAAAAUCACCAUCAUUUAGACAUUGGUCAACUGUCACCUUGGAUGAUCUCUUUGCAACUACACCUCCCAAUAACAUGGAUGAAUUACAACUCUUCUUGCUUGACCAAGAUACAACUGGGCGAUCAAAACGAAGACAUAUGCUAGCUCAUCAUCAAAAGACUGCCACUCCUAUUGAUCCUAUUAGUACCUUCUUAAAUGACAACAACAAUACCGUAUCAUCACCAUCAUCAUCGUCAUCCUCCUCCUCCUCAACAUCAACAGACCAACGUCAAGACAAUAAAUAUCACCAUAAAUCAAAGGAAGAACUAAUAGAAGAUCACUCGGUGCUAAUGAAUCGAAUCAUUGCCUUACUGAAGAAUGGAUCAUCGAAGAAGAAGACUUAGCUUUUUUUUUUUUUUGUUGUGUGU